ACACCUGCUGAUUGAGCCCCAGUAGCCCACUGCAAGCCAUCGCCUAGGCUUGAGGUGUACAGCAGUCCCUGUGUAUCUUGUAGGCCAACUGGUGCAAAGUUGUCUGCGGCUUGUUUUUUUUUAUGCUGCACAAAGAUUGUACAUGAUAAGAAGCAUGUAUAGCUUUGUGGGCCCCAAGCCCCGCCCCCGGUGGGGUUUACUUGUACUCUGUUUGGCCGUCUUGUGCGCGACGAGAACCGACGCCCAGUCUUCAUCAUCAAACUCAAAGGUAUCAUCUUCUGAAUCGUCAUCAUCUGACAGCACCUCUGACCCUGGAGCUGGCCCUGGAGGAUACCCAAGCGACUUGCCGUGUAAGGACAACAACGACAGGAUAUCCUUCCACGGUGAAACCUACAAGAUGAGUGAAUGUUCCGCCUGUACCUGUACCAACUCCACCCUCGAAUGCAAGUUUGAGUCCUGCCAGCCUGUCUCGUGCCGAGAACCCAUCAAGUUUCCUGGAGAAUGCUGCAAAGCAUGCCCCUACAAUGUAACUGUGAAUCAGGUGACACCGGUGCUUCCCGGCUCUCAGUCCAUCCAAGAAGGUCGAGCGGAGAACGAUCUGUCAGUCAACCUAGACGUGCUGUACGCCAACACCAGAGAGACAACCAGCGUCGCUGGCCAAGGCCUGUGGAAGUCCUCCAUGUGGAUGAGCAGUCAGGAGGAUGGCGCGGUCCAGCUCCCUGGCACCCUGGUGGAGCAAGUCCUAACAGAAGGCCAACAGUCCCAGGACCUCAAGAAACAAGGCUCUGCCUCCACAAACUUCAACAUCAACGACAUCCGUUACCAGGUGGACAUGUCGGACCUGACCUGCGACGAGGCCCGCUAUCUCUGCGCCAAGUUCAUGAAGGGGGAGAAUCCGGAGGUGGAGAAAUCCUUUCUGGAAUUCCACUUUGAGGCCAGGCCCAGUGAAGAUGUGUUGACCGGAUGCAGUCCAAUUGAAGAUUGCAAAGGCGGAGCAGUCGUUCAAGUUGACAAUGUCAGCCCCAGAAUACGUGAGAAUACCGUAGUCAAGGAGGGCAACCCCAACACGGUUCAAGUGGAUCUCGGUGUGAGCUACGUAAAUACCCAAGAGACUACCGGCGUUGAUGGUGAGAACCUAUGGACAACCAACAUGUGGCUGAGUAGCGAGAUGGACGGUUCCCGGCCCCUGCGUGGAACCAUGCAAGAGAGGAUACUGACCCCCGAGCAGCGCUCACAGUCCCUGGUCAAGGAUUCCACAGGCGUCUUCAACAUCAACGACAUCAGCUACAGCUUUGAUCUGACUGGAAAGUCUUGCAGUGACGCCAAGUACAUCUGUGCCAAAUUCAACAAGAACAAGGAUGCCCAGCCCAGUAAGGAGUACUCGUCCUUCGAGUUUGAGGGAGUGCCCAACCAGAGAGCUCUGACUGGCUGCUCGCCGCUGGAAAACUGCAAGGGUGUCACCUUCUCUGACAUGAGUUGGUCUCGUGAGGUAGGCCCCAUGCAAUACGGGGUACCAGCUCCGUUGACGAUCGACGCCACGGUGUCCGCAACCUCCGACAGUCCAUCAGUACAGGGCACCGGCCUGUGGAAGAUGAACAUGUUUGGCAGUCGCAGCAUGAACGGCUCGGGCGUGCGCCUCGGGGAACGCACCCAGAUCCUUGAUGCCUCCAACCAGGCCAAGACACUGCCCGACGGCGGAGGACCACUGGAGUUUACAGACCUCCGGACCAACUUUCCGAUGGAAGAUCUGGGAUGCGGGGAGUACAAAUACCUGUGUAUGGAGUUCACUAAAGGGGAUUACCCCAACCCCGGUUACACGUAUGCCACCACUUCUGGCCGGCGAUCGAUCGUCAGCUGUUUGCCGGAAGAGUGCCGAACUGUGUACGUCUCUGGUGUGGAGUCGACCCUAACUUCAGGCGAUCUGUACGAGGGUAGGCCAGAAAACGAUAUCUCGUUUGACACCAUCGUGCAGACCACCGAUGAAAGCUCACCGCUGGUCGGACGCAACAUGUGGCGACUGAACAUGUACGGCAGCGAGCGCGCAGAUGGCUCUGGUCCACGUCUGGCCCCCCAGGAGCAAGUCCUGGAUGACUACUAUUCCAGCCGCGAGCUGCUGACCCCCGGUUCAACACUCAACUUCCAGCCCAUCAACACACAGUACGAUAUGACCGACGUGGACUGCGAGCGACUCAAUUACCUGUGUACCGAGUUCAGCCGUAAUCCUGAGACCCCGGUAGAGUUUGAGUUGAGCCCUGUCCCUGACGCUAGUGUCUUGAGGAGCUGUAUGGAAGUGCCUGACGACAUGUGCAAAGGUGUGAUCAUUGAUGAUAUGGAUUGGGAGAUGGAAGUCUUAACCGAUGAAGUUGUCUCCGGCCGUCCAACGCCGGUAAGAUUCGACGUCAAUGUAGAACCCAGACCCAACACUGGCAGCGUCAGCGGAGAGAACCUGUGGCGUAUCGGGGCCUUCGGCUCCACCAGGCCGGACGGCCGUGGUCCCCGGAUCGGCCCCCAGCGUCAGAUCCUCUCCCGGGACUUGUCCAGCAAGGACCUGACAUCGGGCCAGACCCUCCGCUUCGACGACAUCAACUCCGAGUUUGACCUGAGCUCAAUCGGUUGCGAGACGGAGUACCAGUAUCUGUGUCUGGAGUAUGCUAAGGGACUGCGGGCCGAACCGGAUUUCAAGUUCCAGGCUGCUGAUGGUGGGGAGGUCGUCACUAAGUGCAAAGAACAAGAUUGCCGCAAGGGUGUGAAGAUUGAGGACCUGAGAGUUGUUGGCAAUGAUUACUCCGUCUUGAAGGAGAACGACCCCAACAAUCGGAUCAUGUUUGACAUGACAGCGGACACCACUCCGGACAGCGGCGGUGUGGAAGGCGAUAAUCUGUGGGAGCUCUCCCUCUACGGCAGCAGCUCCGAGAAUGGCGUGGGCCGCCGCUUCAACGAGCAGCGUGAGGUCCUCAACAACUACCAGAGGAGCAAGGAUGCCUACCCCGGGGAAGACAUCGACUUUGGAAUGGUGGACACCAACUUCAACAUGCAGGGCUUGUCUUGCAACGAGGUGCGCUAUCUGUGCGCUGAGCUGCGGAAGGGCAGUAGGCCCGAUCCCAACUUUGAGCUGAGUCCCGUCCCCGACAGCUCCGUCCUGAAAAAGUGCUUCCGCCAAAAAUGUGACGGCAUUGUGAUUGACAGCACCGACCUGAGAGGCGACUUUGUCGUUGACGACUUAACAGACACACUGGAGUUCGACGUAUCCAUCUUCUCCAACCCCAACAGCGGUGAAGCCACGGGACGAAACCUCUGGCGAAUGCCAACCUUCCUGGCCAACAAAGCGGACGGCACCGGAAACGUUCGGACGAUAGACACCCAGACCCUGACCCCCUCAAUGGCCAGUAGUUACCUGAGGUCAGGCACAAGAUUGGACUUCAACAACCUGGCCGCCCGCGUCAACAAAGAUGACCUGAACUGUGACGAGGGUGGACGGUACGUCUGCGUGAGGCUAGAGCGUGGGGUUAAUCCUUCCAUCGACUACAGUCUGAGUGGAGCACGCGAAGGCUCUUUGCAGAAAUGCAAAAAGGUGGUGUGCAGGAAAUCCCCCGAGUUGGUCCCAGGUCCACCAGGAGACAAAGGAUAUCCUGGAGAACCAGCUAUGCUGCCUAGGGAAUAUAUGCAAGGACCCCCAGGAUUGCCGGGCGUCUCUGGACCACCUGGAUACAAAGGCCCAGGUGGAUAUCCAGGCCAAAUGGGACCACAGGGACGCAAGGGACCUAGCGGAGACCCUGGAGAGUACGGAUACCCCGGUCCGCCAGGCCCACCUGGCCCCGCAGGACGACCUGGUGAGGCCAUUGCUCCCACUUACCAGCAAGGUUAUGGGUCAAAGAGCAUCCCCUCCUACGGUGCCGGGUAUGGACCUCAGCAAGUGGUACAGGGACCCCCAGGACCACCUGGUCUUCCCGGAAAGGCUGGUGACCGCGGAGCCCAGGGAAUGCGAGGUGUUUUAGGACCUGCAGGAAACACUGGGCGCGCGGGACCCGUGGGCCCAGCUGGAUCACGUGGGCCUGAUGGCGAUGACGGCAGAGAUGGAAACAACGGCAAUCGUGGAUCCGUAGGUGCUGCCGGUUCAACUGGAGCAACGGGAUCUGCAGGGAUGCCAGGAGCUCCGGGGUCUCAAGGUCACAAAGGCUGGAGGGGUUCCCGUGGCAGGAAGGGGGCAACAGGAGAUACUGGUGAGCUGGGUGAUUCUGGUGCAAUGGGACAAGCAGGAAAUGCUGGAGCCCCAGGAGCAAGGGGUAAUGCUGGUCCAUCUGGUGAAAGGGGAGAGCGCGGGGAGCGUGGAUCUGUUGGUGUGAGGGGACAAGAUGGUUCGGAUGGUGACAUCGGAAAUGCUGGACCCCAAGGUGCCACUGGAACAAUGGGUGCUAUGGGUCUGAGCGGUGCAAAGGGAGAUGCAGGUCCCCAGGGUGAUAUGGGCUUCCAAGGUAUCGUAGGUCAGCGCGGUGAGAACGGCGCUGAUGGUGCUCCAGGAGCCACUGGUGCUACUGGAAAUGCCGGCGCAGAUGGUGCAACUGGAGGUGUGGGCGAUGCCGGUGGAGCUGGUGCCCCUGGAGUUGGUGGUGCGGCUGGAGCUAGAGGCCCUUCAGGGACUCGCGGAGCCACCGGACCCGGUGGUGAGCUUGGCGCCCAAGGCUACCCUGGACUAGCCGGAGCUCGCGGUGCUGAUGGAGCUCGUGGUCCAACUGGAGGUGUUGGUAUCCGCGGUGAGCCCGGGGUGGAUGGUUCGGAGGGUGCUACGGGUUCUGACGGUCCUGCUGGAGCGGCUGGUCCCCGUGGCCAAGCUGGUGCCCGUGGUGGUGUUGGACCUGGUGGACCUAGUGGACCUGCUGGAGCUAUUGGAAUGCGAGGUGACGCUGGGGCCCAAGGUAGCUCAGGUGCCCCAGGAGAGAAAGGAGAUCCGGGCAACCCAGGACGAACUGGAGAUGCUGGUGCCCCCGGACAAAUGGGUAUGCCAGGAUCAGACGGUCGCUUUGGCAACGAAGGGAAGCCUGGACCACCUGGGCCGGCCGGUAAUGAGGGCCGACCUGGACCACCAGGACCAAAUGGUAUUCAAGGAGGGAGAGGAUUAAUGGGACUCACUGGUGCGCGUGGAGCCGCUGGUGAAGAUGGUAGGACAGGUGCCACUGGAGCGACUGGACAAAGAGGCCCUUCUGGUAUCGCAGGAGACAUGGGACCUGAGGGCCCCGCUGGACCUCAAGGAGCUCAAGGUGCACGUGGAGACACUGGACCCCAAGGAGCUGCCGGAGCUGGAGGGCCCAAUGGAGGCGUAGGAGCAACCGGAGCACGUGGAGCCCAGGGUAAGCGAGGAGCUCCUGGUGUUGCAGGACCCCCAGGACAAGGAGGAGCAACGGGAAUGACUGGUAAUCGUGGAGAGAGGGGCCCAAUGGGUUUGGCCGGACCCUCGGGUCCAGAUGGCGAUGCAGGAGCUGAUGGACGUGAUGGACGUGACGGAGAAGCAGGUGACAAGGGAGCCGGUGGUGAUGUUGGACGCCUUGGAAUCCCAGGCCUUCCGGGAGCCCCUGGUGACCGCGGCGGCAUUGGAGGUGUUGGUGUUGUUGGCGCUCCUGGUGCCAGAGGAGCGACAGGCAAGCGCGGAGGGUCAGGCGACCAAGGCGCAAGGGGAAACCCUGGCCCCCCAGGAGCACCCGGAUCCCCUGGGCUGAGGGGAGAGCAGGGAGGCGUUGGCAGGUCUGGACGCACUGGACUCCCAGGAGCCAAAGGAAACCCUGGUGAGAGAGGUAGAGCUGGUGAGCGUGGAGCCCAAGGCAUCCCAGGAGGACAGGGACCGCAAGGACCAGUAGGAGCGCGUGGAGAGAAGGGACCUAGGGGAGGUGUUGGUGAUCCGGGAGUCCAGGGAGGAGUUGGCGCACCAGGACGUACUGGAGCACCAGGAGCUACAGGAGCAGCAGGAUCACGCGGUGAAUCUGGUGAACAAGGAGCAGCGGGAGUUGGAGGGAGUCCUGGAUCCAGCGGAAUGCCUGGACCAACGGGAGCAACUGGAGCAAGAGGUGAGGUGGGUCCAACCGGUGGCAGCGGAAGACUAGGCGCAAUGGGCCGACGCGGUGACACUGGUGCUGCAGGGGCGGCAGGUGUCCGUGGUAUCCCAGGACCCCCAGGACCUAACGGUGCACGAGGUGAAGACGGCAGGAACGGAGGUGAUGGACCUGCCGGCCCCGCUGGACCAGCUGGACCAUCUGGAGUGAUCGGAGAACUUGGUGGCAUGGGAGCAAUGGGAGCCCCAGGACCCACUGGCCCUGCAGGCAGACCUGGUAGCGACGGAUCUCCAGGAAGACGUGGAUCUCCUGGCGAGGACGGGUCGGUAGGACGUCAGGGAGCCCGGGGUGUAAAGGGACCACGCGGACCAACCGGAUCUAAUGGCAGGGACGGUGUGGAUGGAGCCACUGGUGCCAAAGGAGCCACUGGAUCUCAAGGUGACAAGGGAUCUCAAGGACCGCAAGGACCUGCUGGAACAGCUGGAAUGCCCGGUCGCCAAGGCCCAAUGGGUGGUCCGGGUGAGCGUGGCAGUCGUGGAGCUGCUGGACCUGCAGGACCAAGAGGUGGCGCAGGAGCUGACGGAAACAUGGGAUCCGCUGGCCCCGCUGGACCUGCUGGAGCACGUGGAGAGACUGGCGCAACUGGAGUCCAGGGCCACAAGGGAUGGGGUGGCUCUCCCGGAGCCCCAGGACCUCAAGGACCUAAAGGCGCUACCGGCGGCCGUGGUGCGACUGGAAGACCUGGCCCUGCUGGUCCCGCUGGCAUCGAUGGUGCUCGUGGCAGGAAUGGCAACAACGGUCAACAAGGUCCCCGCGGUAUAACUGGACCAGGAGGCCAGCGUGGUGCAGGUGGUAGGAGUGGGCCAGCUGGACCCCCAGGACCCCCAGGAAGGGCUGGAGCACCUGGAGCUCUCAGCUACUCAGGGUACGCCUACUCUGGUGGUUCAUAUGGUGUUAGCCAGGGUGACAAGGGACCCAACCCCUACUCUUCUUAUUACGGCGACGAUGCUACCAUUGCCGAGGAUGACUACGAGGCCCGCAUCAUUCAGCUGAGAAAUCGCAUUGAGAGGCUGCUGCUGCCCAAUGGUGAGCCAGAGUACCCAGCCCGCUCCUGUAAGGAUCUCUUCAAGUGCCACCCGAUACUCCCAAGUGGUUACUACACCCUGGAUCCCAGUGGAGGCUCCCACUACGACAAAUUUGUUGCCUACUGCGACAAGAAGACCAACGCUACCUGCGUCUACCCAGACUACCCAGAGAUUCCUGAAGCCACCUAUUACUUGGGUGAUCCUGAGGAGCCAGUUGACUUUUCUGAAAUGAAGAAUGGUUCAGAGAUCAGCUACAGCGUCAAGCCUGUGCAGCUGACCCUCCUGCGACUGAUCUACUCUGAAGCCAAGCAGAACCUGACCUACAACUGCAAGAACUCUCACGCCGUCGAGAACCACAUGGGUGGCACCCAGAAGGCUCUGACCCUAGUGGGACCCAACGACGUACGCAUCAGCAUCAAGAACACCCAGAAAGACUUGCAGUAUAAGGUGGACGGAGAAGAUGGCUGUCGGGUACACGACGACACCUGGGGCAAGACCACUGUCUCUUACAGCACCAAGAAGACCGAGCGUCUACCCCUGGUGGACUUUGCUGUGUCCGACGUCGGCAGAGCCAAGCAACAAUUCGGGGUGAAAGUCGGCCCUGUCUGCUUCUCGUAGAUAGAUAAAAUAAACCAAAACCACCCAGCGUGGACUCCAUUUAAGCUUAAGUUUUUGCAAAAUGCAUUUAACUCGUAGGGAAGACUUUUUUUUGUGUUAAUAGCACUAACUAUUCGUUUUGUCUGCAUGGAGUUUCACAUGUUAAAAAUUGCUUUCAAAUUACGAACACUGGCUCUGUGAUUUUAAAGAGUUACUUUACAAAAAAAAGUAUACAGCUUGUUAAAACCUUAAGUGGCAUUUUCUUUGUGUUUAGAUUUUUUUUUAAAGAAUAUUCCUGGAAAGCCAUUGCUCUUCAUUUAAAGUUGUGUGAAUGAUGCUUAAGACGCGAGGAACAAGUACUAACAUACCUGCACUGGUUUGUCUAUUUUGCUCAUAAGUAAGAAGACAUUUAUAUAACUAUUUGCUAUUUUUUUUAAAGAAGUCGGCACCACAUUUCAUCAAAUAAAACCCUUUUUUUUUCAUUUCGGGCCCAGCUUAGGAUUAAAGUUCAAGUAAUCACUUGUAAUGAAUUAUGUAAUUGGAAUUUGAUUUUGAUAAUUCAAAACUACCUGUUAAAAAUGUGAGGAAUCUUUUUUGGUUUUCAAAAUGACUAUUUUUUUUUAAUAGAAUACAAGUCAAGACAACAAAGGACCAAAUUUUAUUUUCCUUGUAAUAAAAUCAGAGAGUUUCUGACACAGUGGAGACAUAUAUAUAGACAUUCAGAAAUUAUAAAAAUCGGCACAUCUAUUUUAAAUUCAGGUAAGAUUUUUUUUUUGGAGAUUAUAUUAGUCUUAAAAUAAUAAAAAAAUUCAAAUUGUUCUGUUUUUGCUUUUUCAAAAGAGUUUUACCGUAGCAUUGAUACACUCUCAAUCCUGCAUAUUCUCAGCUUUGUUUUUUUUCUUGUUGUUGUCUACAAUAAAUAAAGCUUCCCUAUGUAAUAAUG